AUGGCUGUGCCUCCGCCGGCUGAUCCCAUCGAGCCUGGACGCGGGUGGGCCUUGCGCCUCAAAUGGAACCCCUUCUGUUUCGACGGAGGUCAUCCUUGUGUCGGAGGGCUUGACAGCCCGUGCGCCUGUGGACCUGCCGGCGGCGCCCUCCCUGCUGUGGACGCGGAGUCGCAACAAUGCCACUUUUGCGACUUUCCCAUUCUGCAGGCUCUCUAUGGCGACCGGCAGGACGGCGUCCUGACCCACUUGCUCCUGGCUCUCGACGACCCUGGCCGGCAGGCGGCGCUGGCGCGCAUCGAGGAAGCUGUGGGCGUUGCCGCCCGCUCCGACAUGGAGGCGCGCUGCGCGCGGGCCUGGCGCCGCCGGGACCCGGCGCGCCCGCGGCGUGGGCCUCGCGGACCGUAUCACCGCGGCGUGGCGUGCCAUACGCCGGAGUCGCCAGUGCCGGAGCGCUAUCGCGGCGUUCCGCUGCCCAUGCGGCGGUCCGCGCUCACGACAUCCUGGCUCUAUCGAGCUCAAAAGGAGCGGGAUGAGGCAGACGCAUGGGAAGGCGUGCUGGUGAAGAACGAGACAGGCGAUGCCAUGCCGAUGUGA